GAUGCAAACACUGGCAUUAUCCAAAAGAUCUACCGAGCACAAGUGUUGUCAUUGUUUUCCAUAAUGAGGGGUGGUCUACUCUUCUACGUACUGUACAUAGUGUUUUAAAUCGAUCACCUCCAGAAUUCUUGAAGGAAAUAGUUUUGGUGGAUGAUUAUAGUGAUAAAGAACACUUAAAAGGGAAUUUAGAAGAUUAUAUUCGCCAGUUUGGGAAAAGAGUGCGCUUAGUGAGAAAUAAGCAAAGAGAAGGCCUUAUUCGAUCUAGAACAUUUGGAGCUCAGUAUUCAAAAGGCGAAGUUGUGCUUUUUCUAGAUGCUCAUUGUGAAGUAAAUGUAAAUUGGCUUCCUCCUCUGUUGACACCAAUUUAUCAAAACAGGACAGUAAUGACAGUUCCUGUUAUUGAUGGAAUUGAUAAAGACAAUUUUGAAUACAGACCAGUUUAUCAUGGAGAUGUACAUUUUCGAGGAAUUUUUGAAUGGGGUAUGCUUUACAAAGAAACAGAAUUACCUGAGCAAGAAGCAAAAAGGAGAAAAUACCACAGUGAACCAUAUAAAUCACCAACACAUGCUGGAGGUUUGUUUGCAAUAAACAGAGAAUAUUUCUUAGAACUCGGUGCAUAUGAUCCUGGUCUUUUAGUUUGGGGAGGAGAAAAUUUUGAAUUAUCAUUCAAGAUUUGGCAGUGUGGUGGAAGUAUAGAAUGGGUUCCAUGCUCAAGAGUUGGUCACAUAUAUCGAGGCUUUAUGCCCUAUUCAUUUGGUAAAUUAGCUGAAAAACGCAAAGGGCCAAUUGUAACUUUAAAUUACAAAAGAGUUGUGGAAGUUUGGAUGGAUGAAUAUAAAGAAUAUUUUUACACUCGUGAACCAAUGGCUAGACAAUAUGAUCAUGGAGAUAUCAGUGGACAGCUAGCAAUUCGAGAGCGCUUGCAAUGUAAACCCUUCAAAUGGUAUAUGGAAAAUGUAGCUUAUGAUGUGCUUCAUAAAUUUCCUGUAUUACCCAAAAAUCUUUUUUGGGGAGAGGUUAGAAGUAUGCUAACUGGUCAGUGCUUAGAUACUAUGAGCUCUCAUCCACCGUCUAUUGUUGGAAUGAGCCAUUGUCAUGGUUCUGGUGGAAAUCAA